CUACAGCUCAGGAAUAACAUGGAGAGUCUAAGGAACUUGACUUCUUCAUUUCCAACCUUCUUGCUGACAGGUAUUCCUGGUCUAGAGUCUGUCCAGGCCUGGCUCUCCAUUCCCUUCUGUUGUCUCUAUGCCAUUGCCCUCUCAGGGAACAGCAUGAUCCUGUUUGUCAUCAUCACCCAGAAGAGUCUCCAUGAGCCCAUGUACUAUUUCCUCUCCAUGCUGUCAGCUACUGAUCUGGGCUUGACUGUUUCCACAAUGUCAACAACACUAGCUGUCCUGUGGUUUGAUGCAAACAAAAUCAGUUUGGAUGCCUGCAUCAUCCAGAUGUUUUUUCUUCAUGGAUUUGCCUUCAUGGAAACAGGAGUGCUUGUAGCUAUGGCCUUUGACCGUUAUGUAGCAAUUUGUAACCCUCUGAGGUACACCAGCAUCCUCACUAAUUCUAGAAUCAUUCACAUGGGUCUCUUGAUAAUUAUACGUACUGUGGUAAUAGUAGUACCACCAGUUUCACUUCUUAAACCUCUCUUUUUCUGUAGAGGUAAUGCCCUUUCCCACUCCUACUGUUACCAUCCAGAUGUGAUUAAAUUAGCUUGUUCAGAUACUCGAGUCAAUAACAUCUGUGGAUUAUUUGGGCUCCUCCUGUCCACAGGGAUCGAUACACCAUGCAUUAUCUUGUCUUACAUCAUGAUUAUUCGCUCUGUCUUGAGUAUCGCCUCCCCUGAAGAAUGUGGAAUGGAGCUCACCCUCAUGGCCCAGUAUUUAGCCAAGCAAUACACAGAAAAUCAAGAUUUUGCAAGAGAAUUCUGUUCCUGA